CUGGAUGAGACUGGACCAUGACACCAACACUUCGGAUUCCAGCAGCUAUAAAAUCCGAGCGUCUUCACACACUCCCCCUCACACAUGCACACACACUGACAGAAACACUCUCACAUUCUCAAAGUCAUUGACGGCUCAACACGGACACUUGUGUUCCAGGUUCCUGACGAGAUGAGAAGCUCUUUGUGUCUCGUCCUGCUCUUGGUUUGUGUCCUGGUCACCUGCUCUUCAUCCCAGCGAGGUUGCACAGGUCGAUGUGGAGAGAAUUAUUUCAGAGGCAAUAAGUGUCAGUGUGACUACGAGUGCCUGUCGCACAAAGAGUGCUGCAAAGACUAUGAAGCUGUUUGCACUACAAGAGACUCCUGUAAAGGAAGAUGUGGUGAGAGCUUUAAGAGAGGGAGGCUGUGUCACUGUGACAUUGAAUGUGUUAAAUACGACCAGUGCUGUCCAGACUACGAGACGCAGUGCAACACUGAGGAUUCCUCAGUGGAAGAAGAAUACCGUGAGCUUGAGGUGAGCACUCCUCUGGACGACAUUGUGACUGAAGAUGCUGUGAGCGGUAGCAAGCCUUCUCCCUAUGACACGGCCGAGUUUUUCGACCCAAUUGAAAACCAAGUGACGCCCCUCCCUAACCUGCCUGAUUUUGGAACAGUGCCAAGUAUGAUUGGUUCUCCCGUGACUGACAAGGAUCCUGAAAAUCCUCAGGAUAACUUUAAACCUGAGCAGUUUUCUCCUAACAUCUCAGCACCUAAUGUUCCUCCAGCGUCAACUAAGCUACCCGACACCCAACAACAUUCGGAAGAUUUUCCAGCUACCACAAGCACAAAAAACACUACAUCUGAACAGACUGACCUGACAGCGAAAGCAAACACUUCACUUUCCACAGAGCCCCAAAGCAAUGAUGCAUCUGAUAAUCCUGAAAAACCUGCUUCUGAAUCAGCUGAUCAAAAUCCCCAGUCGGCCUUUGAACAGAAGCAACUUUCUUACGAUGCCUCAGUUCCCACUGUUCCACCUAAUAUGGAUUCAACUACACCAAAUGCCACAUUAUCAUCAGAACAAAAAGGUACAACAGACUCUCAAAGCACCUCAGAGUCCAAACCCUCACCUGCACCCACAGAUCUGGACAAUAAUCUAGCCCUCAAGCCGACUAAUCCUGUCCAAUCUAAAGAAAAAGAUGGUCCAGAGGUAAACCUUCAAACUCAGACAGAGGCUCAGUUGGAACCCAGUGAGGUCACAACUUUGGGACGGCUGGAUAUCCAGAACACGACCUCAGCAGACCAGUCUGCCAACAUAACAGAAGAACAACAUGAAGCUAAGGAUACAAAGGACAUCCUUUCUACAGAGGAUUCUCCAAAGUUCCCUGCCAUAUUAGCCAGCACCCCUCCUUCUGAGAAGGUUAGCCCUUUACCAGGUGAAGCAGAAGAGGAAAAACCCACUAAACCAAAAAAUUAUAACAAAAACCCCCAGGGUCUUCAAGAUUAUCAGGCAGAUGCCAGCAGGGACACUAAUCUUUGCAAUGGUCUUCCAGUUAAUGGUUUGACGACGCUUAAAAAUGGCACCAUUGUGGUUUUUCGAGGCCACUACUUUUGGACGCUGGACUCCAGAAGAAAUGCCGGGCCUGCUCAUUUAAUCACAAGUGUUUGGGGUAUCCCAUCUCCCAUUGACACGGCCUUCACACGCUGUAACUGCCAAGGCAAGACCUACAUCUUCAGGGGGGAUAAAUACUGGAGGUUUGAAAAUGACGUUAUGGAUGCUGGCUUCCCCAGACCCAUCAGUGAGGGCUUUGGACUUGGGGGACAUGUUGUUGCAGCUUUAUCCACACCUCAAUACAGGAGCAGGAGGGAGGCCGUGUUAUUUUUUAAAAGAGGUGGCCUGGCCCAGAAAUACACCUACCUCAACACGCCCGCCUGUGGGAGCACAUCUGCUGCAGUGCUAGUAAAGAAGAGAUUUAGAAAGGAAGCAGUCCCUGAACUUGGGCCAACGAUCACCAUUAGUAAGACCUGGAUAGGAUUUCCACCCACAGUGACAUCAGCAGUGUCAGUGCCCACUACAGGAGGGGACGGAUACAAAUACUACGUCUUCUCAAAAUCUACGUACUACGGCUUAAGGAUAGAAGGUGAGACUCCAGUUAUCCUGACUGCGAGGGCUGGACAGGAACAGCAGAGAUCACCCAAAAGUUGGUUCAGAUGCCCAGGGACGAGUAUAGCGUAGUACACUCUAAGCGCCUAAAUAUUAUGACUGUGUGUGAUGCUCCUUAACUUUAUACUUGAGACAUUGCUUUUAUUUACAUUAAGAGAGCUUUAAAAAGUUUAUAGAAUGCUGCAGUUUUAAAGGAUUUUAAUCAGGAUGUUUCCAAAGGUCAAGUGCUUAUUUUUUGACCAAUCAGAGCACAGGAUGGGGGGCAUAUGUGAAAAACAAAAAACAAAGUGAAUAAACACAUUGAACAGAGACAAUUCCAACAUCGCAGUACGACCCCAAACACCAAGCUUAGCUGCCACCUAAACAUUAAGUGAUACAUGAUGAGACACUAACUUUGGAGAAAAGACACACAAACAGCUCUUCUCUUUAUUUUUACUGCCAAAGCUAUAGUGAAGCAGCUCCUGAUCGGCAGGU